CAGCUCAGGGGCUCAGCGACAGUCCAUCGUCUCUAAUUCGAAGUAACAACUCUGGAGGAUGUUAUGGGGAUGGGGGCCAAACGGCCGAUCUUUUGGGCGCUAAGUACAGUACUUGGUUGCCCGCUCAGGAAAGGAACGCGAAAGCGAGACAGAACAGGCAACGAAGAAUCUCUUUGAGCCACUCUCCAACGUCCAACUGAUCUCUGUGACAUCGAACCUCUCCAUUCCAGCUAGCAUGCGUGCAAGUGCCACGUCUCUGCAAGGACAAUACGCUUCCUGACUGGUAUAAUCCGAUGCGGGUCGGAUGGAUAAGACGCGCUUCAUCCAGUAUGUGCCUGGUAGUUCCAGGGCCCCUCGCCCUAAGGCACCGCGCCUCCAUCACAAGAAAUCCAAGGCGGGAUGCCAGCAGUGUCGUGCCCGUCGAGUCAAAUGCGAUGAGAUCCAUCCAGUCUGCGGCAGUUGUGACCGCCAUAAUGUGGCCUGUGUCUACGAAGAUGUUUUCAAGCUGAUUACGAUCCCUCCGCCAUCACAUGCUGGUCACAAUGGAAAUGAUUCUUCGAAGGCUGGCAAAACUAAGAACCACGACCGCGGUGGUUCCAACAGUGGUUCCAAUACACCGGGCCCAGACCCAGGCGGCAAACACCUUCUUGAGCUCCGACUCCUCCACCACUACUCCAUCGUAACCAGCCAAACGCUGCCAACGUCUCCCGAACCAAAGCUUGCGGAUAUAUGGAAAACCUAUGUUCCUCGUCUGGCAUUUCAACACAGGGCACUCCUGGACUCCAUCUACUCUAUAGCAGCGCUGCAACUCAGCCUUACUCAACCGGGUAACCGAGAGUUGAUGGCUGCACAUGGUCAAUAUAUGGAUCAAGCUAUCCAAAAGCAUCGCGAAGAUAUUGCUCAGAUCAAUAACCAGAUGGCAGAUGCAGUAUGGUUUACCUCCAGCCUUCUCCGGGUAGCAGCGUUUGCUUCGCUGCAAGAGCGCCCCAUCGAGCCAUAUACCCCACCGAUGCAGUGGUUCAGAAUAGCAGUCCGUGCGACGCACAUAUUUGAAGUGGUAUACGAGCUGGUGAGACAUGAUCCAUCCUCAGAAGCUCUGAAGGUCAUGAAAGAGGGGUACUUCACUCUGAACCAGCAUCUUUUGUUUCAAGACGAGAGCAAAAAUGAAUACUCUCAUCUGCUUGAUCGAUCAGAUAAUGCAAGAUACAGAGAUGAGCCUUGGGAUGAAGAUAUCCAGAGGACAUACGAGAGCGUCGUUAAAUACCUGGGAGGCUUGAGUUGUGCGAUCAAGUCGAAAAGACCAGCUGCAGAGAUCGGUCUCCAAUGUAUUGCGUUCGGCUCAAGGAUCCCUGAGCGGUUUAUCGAACUGGUCGAGGACCGGCAACCAAGAGCAUUAGUGAUACUAGCUCAUCUCUUCUCUUUAAUGACUGGCUUUGAACAUAUUUGGUAUAUCGGCAAGCUGGGUCAGAGAGAGCUUCGCGGCCUACGUACCGUCAUACCAGACGAUUGGAAUGACAUGUUAUAGUGAUGAUCGCUUUACGAUUUUGAUGCAGUUGACAGAUUGUGAGAUCUCAUUGUGAGAUCUCAUCUAAUUUUGUGAGAGAUAUAUAUUUGCAUUUACGACGGUGGACAAAUCGCAUAUACGCAUAACUUUUGUCGCUCUUUAUUUCUAUCAGGUUUGACGCAGCUGU